AUGGAUCAACAACAUCAACAAAUGUCAAUGAAUACACUGGACGAACCAGUAUAUGUUACUAUAUUAAGAGAUAUUAAAACAGUAGGAUUUAAAUUGUAUCAUGUUAUUAUACCACGUGGUAACGCUAUCGCUGUUUUAAGAGAUUGGGAUUUAUGGGGACCUUUACUUUUAUGUUUAUUGAUGGCAAUUAUGUUAAGUACGUCAGCACCAGAUAACCAAAAGGCAUUGGUAUUCGCAUUGGUAUUUGUUGUAGUUUGGGUUGGUGCCGGUCUUGUAACACUCAACGCUCAAGUUUUAGGUGGAAAUUUAUCAUUGUUUCAAAGUGUUUGUGUUUUAGGAUAUUGUGUAUUCCCACUGACGAUUGCAACCUUUGUUAUUUGGAUACCAACUGCAUUCUUUAGUGGUUUACACAUUGCAAUUAAGUUACCAAUCGUAUUGAUUUGUCUUGCUUGGUCAAUCUUUGCAUCAUAUGGAUUUUUAGCAUCAUCUGUACCAUUAUCAAGAAAAGGAUUGGCCACCUAUCCGGUUGCACUCUUUUAUAUAGAUCGGGUAAUCUUAUAUAGUUUCGAAACUAGAUAA